GUGCAGCACCCUCUGCUGUUGUGAUUAUUGCUGUCGCUUGUCAUUAUUAGAGAUAAUGAAAGUGGAAAGCAGUGGUUAUUUGUCAGUUUGUCGGUCUGUUUAUCUGACAUUACGCCGCUGCAAAUGAGCUAUGGUCAUUCAGAUAGACCGUUUUUAUGAAUUUGUAAUGUUUAUGGAUGUCUGCAGUUGAACUCACUGCGAGAGAAAUAGUUUGUGUAUGUGACAGUUUUUCACUGUGAAAAGUCGCAAUGGAUCGAGCAUUAAACUCUGACCCUGUCAUUACAGCUGACACUGAAGGUCGUUUUCAGCGCUGGAGAAAUUGGAUUGGGUUUUGGUUACUGGGACUUUGCAAUAACUUCGCUUAUGUGGUGAUGCUGAGUGCAGCACAUGACAUCUUACAAAAACAGGAAUCUCAAAACACAACAACUCCUACUCCAGCUCCAAAUGUAACUAACAUAGAGAUCCGGAGCAGCAGCAACAGCAGCAGCCGCUAUGACUGCAAUCCUGUGUCUACUGCAGCUGUGCUGUUGGCUGAUAUCUUACCCACCCUCAUAAUCAAAUUCACAGCACCUUUCUAUAUACACAAAGUGCCUUAUGGUUUCCGUGUUUUGGUGUGUUUCCUUACGGCUGUUGUCAGCUUCCUGAUGGUGUCAUUUUCUUCAACUAUAUUGAUGAGCAUAACUGGUGUCGUCUUUGCCAGUAUUAGUUCAGGAUUGGGGGAGCUUUCCUUCCUCUCCCUCUCUGUGUUUUUCAGCAGGGAUGUGUUAAGUGGCUGGGGGUCCGGCACGGGGGCAGCAGGAGUAGCUGGAGCUUUCCUCUACUCAGCAUUUACUCAGGCUGGUCUGACCCCCCAAGUUACGUUAUGGAUCAUGCUGGUUGUCCCUGUUAUUUUGGCUGUUAGCUAUUUCUUCCUCCUGGUAUUUCCUCCUUCGUUUCCACAGUGGAGACGGCACGAGGUUGGUCACGGUCCUUUCAGAACAGCGAACUCCCAGGAGAGACGCCCUUUAAUUGAGGAAGAGACUUAUACAGAUGAGGACUCUGAGCCAACUCGGGAAGAACAAGAUAACUGUACUGGCCCUGCUCUCUUCCUUAUGACAGAGGACAAGCACACCGGACCCCUGACCUUCACUGACCAAUUACACAUUAUUAAGGGUCUGCUGAAGUUUAUUUUUCCCCUUAGUGUUGUUUACUUCGCUGAGUAUUUCAUUAACCAGGGACUGUUGGAGCUGCUCUACUUUCCCGACUCUUCUCUCUCACACGCAGAACAAUAUCGCUGGUAUCAGACACUUUACCAGAUUGGUGUGUUUUUUUCCCGCACAUCUCUUGUCUGUUUUAAGAUCAGGAAAAUUUUCCUUAUGUCUCUCUUACAGUGUGUGAAUGCUGUUCUGUUGGUUUUUGCUGUAUAUUACCAGUUCUUGUAUUACCCAUGGGUGGUCUUUAUUAUUGUCCUCUAUGAGGGUCUGUUGGGAGGAGCAGCCUAUGUGAACACCUUCUAUUUCAUCCGUGAGGAGACUGCUGAGCGUGAGAGAGAGUUUGCCAUGGCUGCGGCAAGUGUCGGGGACAGUCUGGGAAUCGCUCUGUCUGCAGCUGCCUCCUUCCCCAUUCACCAUUAUUUCUGCUCUUUAUGAGUGAAUGAUAAUGUGUGUAUGCGAAACAUAAAGACUUUUAUCUUCUCAUGAAAAAUAUCAUUCCAUUUGAGCUUUGGACUAAUAUGUUGUGAUUUAGAUUAAUAGUAGUUUAAAUUAAUAUCUUGACCUUUGAGCCACUGACACAAUUUUUAUUGACCUGUGAUGCAUCUAAAACAAGAACAAAUUUUUAUCUUCUUUGUAACUAAAAAUCCUGGAAUCAAAUGUAUAAUGUUUCCCAAAAUUAUUCUUUAAGUGUUAAAUUAAAAUAUUUUGCUUUAAGGUA